AUGUGGGAUAGAGCAAAUCAAAUUUUCGAAUACUUAGAUACCGGUUACACCAGCUUGCGUAAGAAGAGCGUUGACAAUCUUGACUUUUUCGACGAAGUCUCUGGAUGGGACCAGAUCAAACAUGAUAAUUCGUUUCUCGAUGGAGGAAAGGGACUAUUGCUUGGCCUUCGCGAGGGCAGAGAUAUUCCAAGAUGGGGUUGUAAGGCUGAGCGCGAAUGGCAGGAAGACUAUGAAGACCCAAGGACAAUUCGCCCACAUAUAAUGCUCAUCAUUUGCACUGGAGCGGAGGCCAAAGAUAAUGAAUUACUUUUUGGCGAGCUAGGGCCUAUCGCGCAAGCAAUCCGAAACCGUCUAAGGCAGAAGGAAUUUGAGAAGACAUCCCUCUUCCCGGUGCUGGCCGUUUCGCUUUUUGGGCCACGACAUGGGCGUCUCCUACAAGCCAAUUUCAACAAUUCCAGUAUCCUAGAAGUCCGUUCCUCGCCUAUCUACAGCUUCAUACGCAAAGACAGCGCACCAUUCGAGCUUUUUCUUCGCUACUAUGCCUGUGAACCUCUGGAUGGUCCAGAGUAUGAGUUCAGCGACGAUACCCAGACCCAUCAAACCAUAAAACCGACAUGUUCCUAUGCUGAUAAGAAGAAGUUCCACAAGGCAGGACCGACGAAAGGACCUUGCGUUCCGUUUGCGACCGAGACAGUUAUGGGGAUAGCCGACAACUGCUUUGCAAUAAGUGUCUCGAUUGCAAUUGUGGAUAUCAGCGAUCUAAGUAUUUCGGGCAUUAAAUUGGACUGA